UUCUGAACAGACGCUGUUGCUACAACUCUGCAUUGCAAGUAGUGAGACGCUGUCAAAAUACUCAAAAUACGCACACAGCUAAGCAAUGUGCUUUCCCUUGCGCAUAAAAAAACAUGGCCGACAGAUAACCAUAAAUAUAUUUCAAUUUAAGGGACUAAUAUUUUUAUAAUAAUUAGAAAAUAUCUAGAAAAAUCGUCCACGAAUCGUUAGUAGUAGAUGAUACUAUGAAAUCUAAAACAGCUGGAUAAAAAAUUAUGAAUACACUACAUCUUUACAAGUGUCCCUAUUACCAGAGUAAUCAGAGAAUUCUUGUUUGUAUUAAUUUUAAAACAAAAUUGUUUCUGCAUUUGAUUCCUUAAUACUUCAACAAUGGAUAUACUUCCAGCUUAAUAACUUAUAGUAAAUACGUAUAUCUGUACCAAGAACUUGUACAGCGAGAACCACAUAAUUCAUGUAAAAUUUAUGAAUUACUAAAAAUUGAACUAUACCAAUGAAAUGAAGACUUCAACUCUACAAAAAUUUAACUGCUACAUGUGUGAUGGAGAUAAUUGCAAUGCAUCUUUGGAUGAAAAGCCAUACUGUGAAGAAUCAAUAUUUUGUUGGAAGUCAACAGUUCGUCAACCGGACGGCACAACGAGAAACAGCCGAGGUUGCAUUACAAAUCGCGACCAAGUACCUUUGUAUUGCAACAAGCAUUUGGAAUUAUCAGGCAAUAACAGCACGUCGGUUUCCAUUAGCGGCAAGGGUAAAUUCCGCACAGAAUGUUGCCAGAAAGAGCUUUGUAAUGGUGGACCUUUUCCAGUUUUAUAUGAUCCCACUGAUGCGGCCUUAGAAAAAAGAAUGAGCGUGAUUAAAAUAACACUGGCAGUAAUUGGUCCUAUACUAGCGUUAAGCCUUAUAGUAGGCGCAAUAUUCUUUUAUUAUCGUAGCUAUCGCAGCCGAACACGACGAGGCACGAAGCCGUCUUGUAAAAAGCACAACCACUAUCAGCAACAGCAGCAACUAAUCGAGACGGGAAUGGAUCACCAAUGUAUGCCUAGUGGAUUUUUAUCUAACGCCACUGGUGGAAAUAGUUGCAGCGGCGCUGGGACGAGCUAUUCACACGAAUUACGAGCUACUGCUGCAGGCGAUAGUACACUCAAGGAAUACCUCGAAGGCCAGAGCUUGACGAGCGGUUCAGGCUCGGGACUGCCACUACUAGUGCAACGAACUUUGGCCAAGCAAGUAGCUCUAGCCGAGUGUCUGAGCAAUUCAGGCUCGGGUAGUUUUGGACCAGCACCACACCGAGAGGUAUGGCGUGGUAUCUGGCAUGGCGAGAACGUCGCUGUGAAAAUCUACUUUUCGCGUGACGAAGCUAUGUGGGCUCGAGAGACCGAAGUGUACUCUCAACUAUUACCUUCACGACACGACAAUAUUCUUGGCUACGUUGGUAGCGAUAUGACAAGUCGCGCAAGUUGCACCCAACUCUGGCUCGUGACUCAUUAUCAUCCACUUGGUUCGCUCCAUACUUAUCUUCGACAACGUACCCAGCCAUUUAGUUAUCACGACAUGUUCAAUGUGUGCCUGAGUAUCGCGAAUGGAUUGCUUUAUCUGCACACCGAGAUACAUGGUACUAGAGGCAAACCGGCUAUGGCACAUCGCAAUCUCAACUCUAAGAAUCUCCUCGUCAAAAAUAAUGGAGCUUGUGUUAUUGCUGAUCUCGCAAAUGCCGUUACGCAGGACCGUCUUGUGCAGGACAAAACCAAUAUUCUUGAUACAGUCAAACUUUCGUCCAAACGCUACAUCAGCCCUGAGCUUCUAGAACAAACCAACGAUCCACAGUGCCUAGAAAGUUUUCGUCGAUCAGACAUUUAUAGUCUUGGCCUCAUAUUCUGGGAGGUCUGUCGUAGAUGUAUAAGUAAUGGAGUAGCUUUAGAUUACGCAGCUCCUUAUUCCGAGUGGCUUGCCAAUGCUAAUCAAGAACCAUCGAUCGAAGAAAUGCGUAAAUUGGUUGUCGCCGAUCAACGUAGACCUCCAAUUCCUAAUCGGUGGCAUUCUGAUUCGACUCUUGCGGGAAUGGGAGCUAUGAUGAAAGAAUGUUGGCAUACAAAAGCUGCAGCACGUUUGCCAAUACUUCGAGUAAAAAAAACACUUGUUAAAUUGGCUUCGAAUAAUCCCGAUGUUAAUUUGCCAUUGGACUAAUACGAAAAAACUAUAACAUGAAAUAGUACAUUACGAUACAAGUGCCGUACCGUAUUUUUUGAUACGACGUGUGGAAAGUGCGAUUUUCAACGCACGUUGUUUGCCGAGCGUGCAGGAAAAACGCACUUUCCGCACGGAGUGUCGAAAAAGUAAUUAUUUGAAUAUGACUACUUAUAUACAUUAUGAGUUCCUUGGGUUUUAUAAGUUAAUAUCAAGGUAUAGGCCAAUAAAUUUUAUGGUAUAACCACACUUUAUUUUGGUAAAAUAAGUGUCUGAACGUUUCUCAGGCAUUCAUAAUAUUUGAUAUACCAUAUUAAAUUUGAUAUUAUAUUGGACAAGAGCGAGGCAAACAACUCAUGAUUGUUCAAAGUUAAAAUCGCUGAUUGUACUGAUUAUUUCCUUGAAAAAGAGGCUUUUUUAUUAUUUUUUUAUUACUAUAAUGAUUAUUAUGUGCAUCUGUUAGAUCAUAGAAAAUGAAAAUUUUAAAUUAUUAUGAAAUGUGUAUUGUAUGUAUCAGUGCGUGCCUGUUUGUCUGAUUAUCGACAUAUUCGUCUGCUUUUAAUUUAAAAUGUAUUCAUUAAUAAGCAGCGUUUUUCAAUCUAUUUCUUAUAAAUAAUUUCGAUUAAACUGAUUAUCGCAAAACACUAAGUGUUUACUUAGAAAAUAUGCACAAUGAUUAUAUAUAUAUAUAUUGAUGUAAAUCUUGAAUAUUGAUCGCAAAGUAGAUAACUUUACCAUUUUUUUACUUAAUAAAUAUUAGCAAAGUCUAAAAAAACUUCAUACCUAAAUUUGUACUUUAACAAAUAUUUAGGUAAAAAAUAUUUAUUGUAUUUGAAAUUUAAAAAAUAAAAU